CAAUUCUCCAUUAUUUUUUCAUAGUUUAUUUCUGCUUUUCUAUUUUUAAACCUUUACAAAUAUACUAGUAUUUGUUUUUUUUGGGGAAAAUUAAACAUUUCUUACUCAUUUUGCUAGAUUUAUGCAAAGCUAAAAUCAACUGUAUUUUCCAUUUCCGAAUUUUGGGCUUUAAGUAGUAGGUAGCUCUUUUGAGUCAGCUAAGAAAUUCUCACAGCCCCCAAAAAGUCUUGCAUUUCCCCAAUUAAAACUCCUUCAAUUCAGCUGAGGAAUUUAUAGUUGUGGUUUUUUUUAUUUUUUUUUUUGGAUUGGAGAAGAAGAAAAUGACGAUUGUUUCAUUACCAGGAAGCUCAGGGUACUUGGAAGCUGGUAAUAGGAAAAUUUCAUACUUCAGUAAUCCUUAUGUACUGGGAUUGACUUUCAUUGCUGGUAUUGGAGGUCUCCUUUUCGGCUACGACACAGGGGUAAUAUCUGGUGCGCUUCUGUACAUUAAGGAUGAUUUUCCUGAAGUCAGUCAAAGCAGUUUCCUACAGGAAACUAUUGUCAGUAUGGCAUUGGUUGGUGCGAUGAUUGGAGCUGCUGCUGGAGGCUGGGUUAAUGAUUAUUUUGGACGGAAGAAAGCUACUCUCUCUGCUGAUGUUGUUUUCAUAAUGGGAUCUGUGGUAAUGGCUGCAGCUCCGGAUCCAUACAUUCUUAUACUUGGACGACUCUUAGUAGGUCUAGGAGUUGGUGUUGCUUCUGUCACUGCUCCUGUUUACAUCGCUGAAGCAUCACCAUCAGAAAUUCGUGGGGGCCUUGUGAGCACUAAUGUACUGAUGAUUACAGGUGGUCAAUUUCUAUCCUAUCUUGUGAAUCUUGCGUUCACUGAGAUACCGGGAACUUGGAGAUGGAUGCUUGGAGUGGCAGGAGUGCCUGCUGCUAUUCAAUUUGUCCUCAUGCUAUUUUUACCUGAGUCUCCACGAUGGCUUUACAUGAAGCAGAAAGAUAAAGCUGAAGCUGCCGCUGUUCUAGCUAAGAUUUAUGAUCCUUAUCGAUUGGAGGAGGAGAUUGAUCAGCUUGCUACUGCAUUAGAGGAAGAACGUUUGAGAAAGCAGGCUAUCAGUUACCUGGAUGUUUUUAGGAAGAAAGAGAUUAGGCUUGCGUUUUUUGCUGGGGCUGGACUACAGGCAUUUCAGCAGUUCACAGGCAUCAACACAGUUAUGUAUUACAGCCCAACAAUUGUGCAGAUGGCUGGGUUUAAAUCAAAUCAGCUAGCAUUACUUCUGUCUCUCAUUGUUGCUUUAAUGAAUGCCAUGGGUACUAUAGUGGGAAUUUACCUCAUUGAUCACUUUGGACGCAAAAAGUUGGCAUUGACAAGCUUAUCCGGUGUAAUUGUGUCCUUGAUUCUCCUUGCUGUAGCAUUCGUCUUAGAGUCAUCUACUGCUGCCAAUGUUGGGGCCUAUGGGUGGAUCGCCGUAAUAGGUUUGGCCUUCUAUAUUGCAUUCUUUGCACCUGGUAUGGGUCCUGUACCAUGGACAGUGAACUCUGAAAUAUACCCAGAGUCCUACAGAGGAAUGUGUGGUGGCAUGUCUGCUACUGUCAACUGGAUAUCAAAUCUUAUAGUGGCCCAGAGUUUCCUAUCCUUAGCUGAGGCUGUGGGCACGGGUGUUACUUUCUUGAUACUAGCUGGUAUAGCAGUGACGGCAUUCGUUUUCGUCAUCGUGUUCGUGCCUGAGACCAAGGGCUUGUCAUUUGAGGAAAUGGAGAGGAUCUGGAAGGAUAGAGCUUGGGGUAAUGGAUCUGGCAGAGAAGCACUUCUUGAAGCAAGAAGCUAGUCAAAGUCCUUUGGCAUCUUCAUAGUAAGUUGGUGUGUUGUACAACAUACCCCGUGAAAUCCCACAAGUGGGGUUUUGAGAGGACGGUAUGUACGCAACCUUAGCCCUACCUUGGUGCGUGGUACCACUUUGUAUAGUAGCGCUACGUAUGGUGAGAUCAAUGUAAUGUAGAUGAGGGGAGAUUUGCGACUGCGUUUAUUAAAGCUUUGGUUGCAAGCUCCAAUCCAUAUGACAGGGAGGAGAGUCCUCCAGUAACUUAUCAUUUUUUUUGGGUAUCAAUGCAGAUGAAGGGCUAGUAUAAAACAAUGAAAGACUUUGCUCACUUUUGAGCCUAAUUGAAUUAUUAUAUUUUGUGAAAAUUUGGUUGGUCGCAACUGGCAAUUAUACACACAUUUUGAUUUAA